AUGUCGAUGUACAUCCCUUAUGUAGGGUGGCCCACCCAUGUCGGCAAACCCCGUCGUCUCUGUGGCAUCUUCUUUGUCGAUGAUGAAGACCAGCGGGGAAAAUACCUUCCACAGGUCAAGUUGUCUACCGACACCAGCAUUUUCGCCCGUACUGCCUGCACGACCCUCAAACAGAGCUUCGUCAACUACAAGAAUACCAAGCUUGAUCAGGUCCUCUACACCUUUCCUCUCACCGACGGUGUCAACAUCGUUUCUUUCCAAUGCACCAUUGGGUCCAAGACCAUCGUUGGCAAUGUCAAAGAAAGAGAUAAAGCCAAUGCUGAAUACCUGGAGGCCGUAGCCCGUGGCAAAAAUGCAGCCAUCUUUGAGCAGAUCAUCGAGGAAGAUGAUGUCUUUACCACCUCUCUUGGCGGUGUUGACGCUCUCCAAGAGCUUCAUGUCGAAAUGACAUAUCUCGGCGAGGUCAAGCACGACACUCAGACUGGUGGAAUUCAGUUUACUAUCCCAAGCACUGUGGCUCCUCGCUAUGGAUAUCUGUGCAGCGAGUCGGCCGCGGCCUUUCCCCAUAUCAUCCGCAAUGGUUCCAUUGCCGUCAGACUCAAUGUCACCCUUGAAGAAGGGUCGGUCAUCACCGGAAUCCAAUCUCCAAGCCAUCCCAUUGCCGUCACCCUCGGACACACUUCCUACAUGGACCAAGACUCGUCCAAGAGUCAUCACGCCUCGGCCACCUUGGCUCUGAAUGUCCCUACACUCGAUAAUGAUGUGGUCUUUAUCAUUCAGGCCAAGAGCACUACAACUCCUCGUGCUUUGCUCGAAACUCAUCCAACCAUCCCCAAUCAACGUGCAGUCAUGGCAACGCUGGUGCCCAAACAGCAACUUCCCAAGAUCUCACCCGAGAUUGUCUUCAUAGUUGAUAGAAGUGGAAGCAUGACCAGCAGGAUGGGACUGUUGAGAUCCGCCAUGCACGUCUUUGUCAGGUCACUUCCAGUCGGGGUCAAGUUCAAUAUUUGCUCCUUUGGCACAUACUUCUCAUUCUUCUUCCAGAAGAGCGUCACCUACGAUCAAUUCAGUCUGGACGACGCUAGGAACCAUCUGGAUUCACUCGACGCCAGAUAUGGCGGGACUGAUUUGAUACAUCCGGUGCGGGCAACCAUUAACAAUCGCCUUCACCCCGACCUUCCUCUGGAAGUCUUGAUCCUCACCGAUGGUGAGAUCUGGAACCAUCAGCAGAUGUUCAACAUCGUCAAGGAGACACCCAAUGCUCGAUUCUUCACGUUGGGCAUCGGUCCCGGUGUUUCGCCGUCCCUGAUCAAAGGCAUCGCCCGUGACGGCGGUGGCUUUGCUCAGUUCAUUGGUCCACACGACAAGAUGGACAAAGUCGUCCUCCGCAUGUUGAAAGGGGCCUUGUCGCCUCAUGUCACUGACUAUGUCUUCGAGCUCAAAUAUGCCGACGACGACGCCGGCUCGGAGGAAGACUUUGAGAUGAUUGAGCUGCAGAACCAAACUGUCACCCUGGGCUUGAAGUCGGAGAACUCCAUUCCUCUGAUUGAUCUCAAUGCUAUUGAAGCUCCACCAACCACCCCAGAGGGGCGUUACGAUCACUUGCCAUCGGUCUCCAUGCCCGCUAUCAUCCGGACACCUCACAUUAUGCCAGCGUUGUACCCAUACAAUCCCAUCACUGUCUAUCUGUUGCUCUCUCCCGAAGCAUCUGACAAGACCCUGAAGUCUGUUGUGCUCCGCGGCACCACCGUCCAUGGCCCUGUUGUCAUGGAACUACCUGUCCAAGACAUCGGUGUGGGUAAAACAAUCCAUCAAUUGGCUGCAAAGAAGGCCAUUGUCGAGCUGGAAGACGAGUUCGGAUGGCUCACCGACGCAAAGACACCAGAUGGCCAGCUGUUGAAGACGGUUUACAAGAACGACUUCUCUCUCAUCGUCGAACGUGAAGCCGUUCGCUUGGGAGUCAUGUACCAAGUUGGUAGCCAGUCCUCCUCCUUUGUGGCAGUCGAUGCUACGGGUGAGCCACAUCCAAAUACUGGAGACGCCUCGACCGCGUCUGCAUCGACCGCUUCUGCAUCGACCAGCAGCCUCACCGUCCCCACGAUCUUGGUGACUGCACCCAACAGCAACGUCUCAUUGUAUGCGGCCAAAGAACCUUGCCUGCCAUCGCCACCUCUCUCCAGUUUCAAUCCAGCAGCUCCACCUCUCCGACGAAGCGAUACGGUCACUGCCUUCACUCCUGCCUACAAUCCUCGUCGUCUGAGCAUGUUCGGCCUCAGUACGCCCGACCACACCCGUGACAACCGUGGAAGCGUGUACGGAGCUAUCGGUACCCCGGUCCCUGCCAAUGCUCCUCGCCGUGCAAGUUUGUUUGGAAGCGUCAUUCCACCACCUCGAAGUGCAGUCCAGCCCCGUGGUCCUCAUCCCGGCUGGCUUUCCUUGGAAGAUGCCGGGAAAAUGUACCAAGUCAUCGUCUUGGUUGAGUACAAUGGGGCAUGGCAUCAUUCUCAAGACCUUGUCGCCCUCCUGGGGUUGACUGAGAGUCGCUACCGAGGUCUCCAGUUGUAUGGUAUGGAUCAAGAUGGUAUUCGCGCCACGGCGUUGUCGGUUGCCUGGUUGAAGACCAAGGUGCCAGGAGAGGAGGAAGUUUGGGAGUUGGUGGUUGAGAAAGCAAUGCUGUGGUUGACAGCGGUGAUGCGGACCAAACAAGAGGCGCAGAAGGCUGUCGAGUUGGCCAAAGCCGCACUCUGA